CGCCCUCAAAACGGGUCGUUUAAUGUGGACUUCAAUUUCUUAUUUGUAACAGCUUUUAAAACUACAUUCAAGUUUUUAUUUGUAUUUAAAUAACCAGUUAAAGAAAUACACAUUCAUAUACACAUAUAAUAUACAAUAGCUACAUACAGAAGUGUGCACAUUUAUUAGAACACAGAGCCACACACGCGGUCAAACGCAGGAGGCUUUUUAGAAGUUGUUUAAGACGCCUGAUUAAAGCACAAAGCGGUCUGACAUUUUCACACACGAGUGUGUUUCUAUAUCACAGAUUACUGAGUGGAAAUUGAAAUUCUCACACCGAUUUUGAGAACGCCCAAAGGAACCGUAGCACGUAUUGACGCGUUAUUCUCAGAAAUAGAAUUGUGAAAAAGGAAGCUGAAUUUAAAAAAAAAAAUUAAAGCAACAGUCGUUCUGCCACAGAAGCCUUCACACGUCGUUUUUAUCCACCCUGAAUUAUAAAAUGUCUGCACAUCGCAGAUUGCUUCAUUUCAGUUACGCGCUGCCAGUUUUCAUCGUGCUGCUGGGUUUGCUGGUGGCCAGUUCAGUAUUUGCUGAUCCAGUCGUGAAUGGGAUUGUUGGAGAGUCCGUUGUCUUGCCCGCUGGUUUGUCCCCACAGGAUAACCCAAGUGAACUUGAAUGGAGAUUGGGCAAAAAUAUCAUUGCUGAUAAAGAUAAUAGUGAGGUAACAACUGACCAGUUCAGACAUAGGGUGCAUCUGAACAGAACAGACUGGUCUUUAACAAUCAAUCUGCUCAGAGCUGAAGACAGUGGAGAAUAUAAACGUAUUGCCACGGCAACUUCUGGAGGUCAACUCCCUACACUCACUGUUACUUUUCAUGUUUAUGAAAAGAUCAAGUCGGAGGUGACGAGGAAACCAUCGCAUGAAACCUGCCGUGCCACGCUGCUCUGCACCACGAACCAACGAGAACACGUCUCCUACCGCUGGAAGAGAGGGGACCAGGAUUUACCUGAGCAUGCUGGGAUACUGGAGGUGUCCCUGAUCCCCGGAGAGAUUAAUGUUACCUUCACCUGCGUCGCUUCUAAUCCAGUCAGCGAGGCAACAGCGUCUAUCCGGGAGAGCUGUGCAGAGCCCCCGGGGGGUGUUUCGUUCUGUGUGUUGAAGUCGGUCCUUCUCUCCCUGGGUCUGGUUCUGAUGAUCUCUGCUGUGAUCGGAGUCCAUGUGAGGGAUUGCACGCAUACAAAAAGAAAUGUGCGGCGGCAUCGAGCAGCAUGUGAGACUUAGAGGAAGCAGAGACCGGUUUAGCCUCCUGCACUGAGAAAGGACUGCAGACCCGCAGAGCGGCUGAAUGCAAAUCUACAAUGAGAAAGGACUGCAGACCCGCAGAGCGACUGAAUGCAAUCCUGCACUGAGAAAGGACUGCAGACCCGCAGAGCGACUGAAUUUGAUUUCCUUAAAAUUUUCCAUAUAUAUAUAUAUAUCAGUGUGGAGUCGUGGUUAGGGCUCUGGACUCUUGACCGGAGGGUCGUGGGUUCAAUCCCAGGUGGGGGACACUGCUGCUGUACCCUUGAGCAAGGUACUUUACCUAGAUUGCUCCAGUGAAAACCCAACUGUAUAAAUGGGUAACUGUAUGUAAAAAUAAUGUAUUUGUAUGUAGAAAUAAUGUGAUAUCUUGUUACAAUUGUAAGUCGCCCUGGAUAAGGGCGUCUGCUAAGA